AUGAGCGGAGAUGUUGUUAUAGGUGGGCUGUUUGAUAUACAUAUUUAUUAUAAAACUGAAGCUUUUAACUUUUCAAGUCCUCCGCAUCUUCAAGCUCGAAAGAUAAGCAUGCUCUUAGAAGACUUUUAUAAUUUCCUAAGUUUGGUGUUCGCAGUGGAUGAAAUUAAUCUUAACCCAAACAUUUUACCUAAUGUGACUCUGGGCUACAAUGUUUACGAUUCUUAUGUCGACCUCUUUAGAACUAUACAAGGGGCUGUUCGGAUCUACUCAGGAAAUACCAAACAAUAUCCAAAUUACAACUGUGAUAAGUAUGGCGUCCUCGCCGCUGUCAUUGAGGGAAUGGCAUCUAGCUUCUCUAUACAAUAUGCCAAUAUUUUUGGAAUCUAUAAAUACCCACAGUUAAAUAAAUAUAUCAAAAAAGUCAAUUUUACCAACCCAUUGGGACAGCACAUUUUCUUUAGUGAUGGGGAAAUCUCAGUUGGAUACGAUAUUUACAAUGUUAUUCACUAUCCAGAUUGGACCAUCAAUUCUCAAAGAGUUGGAAGUUUUGAUUCCCAUGCGCCACAAGGAAAACAAAUCAUUUUAAAUACAUCAGCCAUAGUUUGGGAAAAUAAAUUUACCAAUAUACCACGAUCCGUGUGCAGUGAUGUCUGCCAGCCUGGAACUCGGAAAUCUGUCCGGGAAGGACAGCUGGUAUGCUGCUAUGAUUGUCUUCCUUGCCCAGAAGGACAAAUAUCCAACAAGACAGAUGUGGAUGUGUGUAUCGAGUGCCCUGAGGACAAAUGGCCCAAUGAGCAGAAGAGAGUGUGUAUAGAAAAAGUUCUAGCAUUCUUGUCUUAUGAAGAUCCAAUUGGAGUUGUCUUGACUUUUAUAGCUAUUUUAUUCGCUUUGCUUUCUGCUGUAAUCCUUGUGAUAUUUAUUAGGAAUCGGCACACUCCAAUUGUCAAAGCCAACAAUCGGGACCUUAGCUACCUCAUUUUAGUAUCGCUCAUGCUUUCUUGCCUCUGUUGUCUUAUUUUCAUUGAACGUCCAGAAAGGAUAACCUGCUUUUUACGUCAAGCUAUUUUUGGGAUCACGUUUGCUAUCUCUGUAUCAUCACUUUUAGCUAAAACAUUGAUUGUGGUCAUAGCUUUUAAUGCCACCAAACCGGGGAAAAACUUAAGGAAGUGGGUGGGGGCCAAAGUCCCAAAAUAUAUUGUCUUUACUUCUUCAACCAUUCAGAUGUUUAUAUGUAUUAUAUGGGUAUUUGUAAUCCCUCCUAACAUCUAUUAUAAUAAACAGUCAGAAGUAUCACGAAUCAUAGUUGAGUGUGAUAAGACAUCAGCUUUUGCUUUCUACAUCAUAUUAGGUUAUCUGUGUAUUUUGGCUUCUGUUUGUUUUAUUGUUGCUUUUUUUGCACGGAAACUACCUGACACUUUUAACGAUGCUAAAUUAAUUACUUUUAGUAUGUUAGUUUUCUUUAGCGUUUGGGCUUUCUUCAUCCCAACAUAUCUCAGUGCUAAAGGAACGUCCACAGUGGCUGUUGAGGUAUUUGCCAUCUUGGCCUCUAGUUCUGGAAUGCUUUGUUCCAUAUUCGCUCCAAAGUGUUAUAUCAUUUUAGUAAAGCCACAGACAAAUAGAAGAAACUUUGUAUUGAAAGGAACUUUAUAA